AUGGCAAGGGUCUUCGGUGACGAGGUCUCCCUCAUUAUUCGAGAUGGGGUGGCUGUUAUGACCCUGUUAGCUCAGCCUGGCACCUGGUCCUGGGGCACCGCGCGGGAAGAACACCGCUUCAACCCAGUUACAGUGCGGGCAUGGGCUGAUGCUCUCGACGUCGUAGAGGCAGAUGAGGCUGUCAAUGUGUUGAUUGUUACGAACGAUGGUAAGUACUGGUCGAACGGCAUGGAUUUGCGAUACUUGGACAAGCAUGCAGAUGGGGCAGCGAGCCUCCAGCAAGAGACCAACAAGCUGAUGGCCAGGGUCUGCUGCUUCCCGCGGCCAACAGUGGCCGCCUUCCGCGGCCACUGGUGUGCGGCUGGUGGGAUGAUGGGCUUGGCCUUCGACUUUCGCCUCAUGUCUCGAGACGCAGGAUUUUUCUUCAUCCCAGGGGUGGACCUGGGCCUCGUGUACGCACCCCUGCAGGCCGAACUCAUGAAGGCGAAGCUUCCAAGAAGCCUGCAUCGCGACGUCAUCCUUUUCAACUCAAGGCGUUGGACAGCCGUGGAGCUGUUGGCUGCAGGGGUUGUAGACGAGGCAGUGCCCAGGCAUGACGUCCUGCUCAGGGCCCAGGCGCUGGCGGCCUUGCUGCGGCCCAAAGGGGCCGGGCCUGCGCGCGCGGCUCUUGGAGGCGACCCACUGUUUGAGAGGAGCCCCCUAAGCCUCAUCUCCUGA